UCUUGAUCCAGCCAUGGCUUCAAUUACAGGAUCCUUCACCUCCCUCUCUUGCUCACUCAUGCCUAACCAGGCAGUCAACAGGGUCUCUAAAUUGGGCUCGAUGUCGCUCUCUAUCAGUGGAAAAAGUUUCCCUUCUCUACGCGUGCAGCCAGCUCAUUUCCGUGUGUCCUGCGCAGCCAAACCAGAGACUGUGGACAAAGUAUGUAAGAUUGUGAGGAAGCAGCUGGCUCUGCCUGAUGAAUCCGAAGUUGCUGGACAUUCAAAAUUUGCAUCUUUGGGUGCUGAUUUUCUUGACACUGUUGAGAUUGUCAUGGGGCUUGAGGAGGAGUUCGGCAUUAGUGUGGAAGAAGAAAGUGCUCAGAACAUUGCGACUGUUCAAGAUGCGGCUGAUCGGAUUGAGAAGCUUAUCGAGAACAAGGGUGCUUAAAUUUUUGAGCUGCAAAUUGCACAAAUAGAUUUUGAUGUAGGAUUGUCAUUGUAGCUGCAUCUUUGUAAAAUCUUUAUUGUCACCUUCACCUGGUUUUAUGAAGAGCCAUGCGUAGCUUCUUGGAACAAACUUUA